AUGGAACAUGAUAACCAAAAAGAGGGUUUAAAGAAAUUUUCAAUGUCAGAGGAUAUACUAUUACCAUUUAAAGAAGAGAUACGAUUUACUGAUUUCGAUCUUCAUAGUGAUCUUUUAGAGGCUCUAUUAAAUAAUGGUUAUUACCAUCCAUCUCCAGUGCAGUAUCAGGUCUUAAUUCCAGGUAUAAAUGGUGAGAGUUUGCUUGUUCAGGCAAAAUCUGGAACUGGGAAAACUCUGGCUUUUUCGCUUAUCAUGAUUAAUAGAAUAUUGAACAAGUUAGAAAAUAGUACCCCAAAAAAAGAUUUAUGUGAGCUACUUUCUAUUUCAAUAGCUCCAACACGAGAGAUUUGUAUACAAAUUAAUCAAGUGGUAAAUUCAAUGAUUAGUCCACAUAGACAAAAUACUGAAUACAAUUCUAAGUAUAAGAUAAGGGCUAUUUGCUGCAUAGGUGGAACAGGAAUAUUGGAAGAUCUUAAAAAAUUCUCUGAAUAUGGAUCAGUCAUUCUAACAGCUAGUCCUGGAAGGUUAUUGCAACUUAUCGCAGAUAAAAGCUUAAUUUGCAUGAAGCCAGAAAUAUUUGAAAAGUCUCUUCUAUGUCUAACACUUGAUGAAGCUGAUCGAUUAUUUGAAGACUGCUUUUACAAUCAAACAAGAGAAAUCUUAAAAAAUUGUCUAGUAUCAUGUAAUGUACAAUUUCUUGGAUUUUCAGCUACAUUCCCACCAGAUACUUUCCAGUGCCUACUUUCUGCAUUAAAUGAGGCAGACAACUCUACAAGCAGAGUUGAUGGUCUGAAUAAUAAAAGACAAAUCAAGCAAAUACAGCUUUGUUCUUCAUUUGGAUAUAAUCCUCACUCUCUAGAAAAUGGUGAAAAAUCUAGUUGUGAUGCAGUCUACUACAAAACAGUAGAGUUUGAAAAUGAAACAGAAGAUAUAUCUGAAACAUUUUUGUCUAUAUCUAAAAAAUUAGAUUCUCCAAUUUUGAAAGGCUUAAAAUUCUAUAUAUACGAUUUAUAUAUGUCAAUAAUAUUUGACAUAGAUAUCAAUGAGGAUAAUGAUUACCAAAUAUGGUCUUACCAGAUCAAUUCUAUUCUGGAUGUUCUACUAAGAGUACCAUACAGACAGGCAUUUGUCUUUGCCAAUGACAACUCUCUUGGAUAUCGUAUUGCUGGUUCUUUAAAAAAUUAUGGGAUUCCUGCUUCAUAUACAAGUGGUAGAAGAUCGCAAACUGAAAGAGAGGAGAUCUUAUUUGCUCUCAAAUCAAAUGAUUGUAGAGUUGUUGUUUGUUCCGACUUAUUUUCUAGAGGAAUUGAUAUCUCAUCAAUUGACUUAGUAAUCAAUACAGAUAUCCCAAUUGACAAAGAAACAUUUAUUCAUCGCACUGGAAGAGCUGCAAGAUACGGCCAAAACGGAACCAUUGUAUGUAUCCCAUCACACAGGCAUGACUUUGAGAUGUUACAGUACAUAACUAACCAACUAGGUAUCAAUCUUAUUAGCUUUAAAGAGUAUAAAACAGAAGAACUUUUAGUAUUCAAUAAUGAACAACUAAAAGUAAAUACAAAAAGAUACUACCCCGGAAACUUGUCAGAAGACCUUCAAACAAGUAUACUUUACGACUGCACUCAACAAGGAAAUGGUGAAACUGAGCUUAGUAGUAUAGCUAGUAGCAAAUCUUCUAUAAGAGAGUUAGACAAACAUGAAAUUAGUAAUAAUUGCUGUAUACACAAAAUAGACGAAGAUACUUCACAAAUAUAUACUGGAAUGUGUACAAAUUGUUAUAGUUUAGAGAAUGUAGCAGCUAGUGAAGCUGACUACUUCAAAAUAAUAUCUAAAAUUAAAUCAGAGAAUUUACUAGGUAAAAAAGCUUUAUUAUUUGUAUGGGAACUUCAUAAAAUGAUAUGGUAUAGUUAA